CACGAGUUGCGGGUCGGCCUCGUGAGUCUGCUCAGGUGGCUGGGGUCGCGCAGGAGGACAUGGCCGACAAGUAUGCUUCGCUGCAGCGGGCCUGGCUGCAUCUGGAUUUCCUCCACGCCAACUCCACAACUCAUGGUUUCCUUUUUGGAGCUCUUGCUGAAUUGCUGGACAAUGCAAGAGAUUCAGGGGCUGCAAGACUUGAUGUAUUUUCAGUGGAUAAUGAAAAACUGCAGGGUGGAUUCACGUUGUGCUUCCUAGAUGAUGGAUGUGGCAUAAGCCCUGAGGAAGCGUCAGACAUCAUUCACUUUGGAACACCCAAGAAGCAGUUACCCACUUCGAAGUUCAUUGGACAGUAUGGCAAUGGUCUUAAAAGUGGGUCCAUGAGAAUUGGAAAAGACUUUAUUCUUUUUACGAAGAAGGAAGAAACAAUGACCUGUGUGCUUUUUUCUCGGUCAUUCUGUGAAGAAGAAGGUCUGAGUGAGGUUGUAGUUCCAAUGCCUUCGUGGUUAACAAGAACCAGAGAAUCUGUCACAGAUGAUCCCCAAAAAUUCUCAACAGAACUGUCCAUAAUUUAUAAAUACUCUCCAUUUCAAAACGAAGCUGAACUGAUGGAUCAGUUUGACAUGAUCUGUGGAAAAUGUGGUACUUUGCUGGUUAUUUAUAACUUGAAGCUUCUGCUUAGUGGAGAACCAGAGUUGGAUGUUAAAACCAAAAAGGAAGAUAUUCUGAUGGCAGGGGAUCCUGAAGGAUUUCCAGAGACGUGGUCUUUCAGAGCCUACGCAUCUGUGCUGUAUUUUGACCCUUGUAUGAGAAUAUUCAUUCAAGCCAAAAAAGUUCAAACAAAACACCUAUGCUACUGCCUCUACAGACCUAGAAAGUAUUUGUAUGCCACAUCUUCUUUUAAAGGAACACUUAAAAAUGAAGUUAAAAAGGCGCAGGAAGCCAUGAAGAUUGCUGAACUCUUAUUGAAAGAAGCGCAAAUCAAAGUAAACCAGCCUGACAGAACUGCUUCAUCUUCUGCCCAGAAUAUAUUAGAGAAAGCUUUGGAAGAUGUAGAAGCAAAGCAUAAGAAUCUUAAAGAGAAACAAAGAGAAUUAAAAAAAGCAAGAACACUCUCCCUGUUCUUUGGAGUGAACAUAGAAAACCCACGCCAAUAUGGAAUGUUCCUUUAUAGUAAUAGCCGCUUGAUCAAAAUGCAUGAGAAAGUGGGUCCACAGCUGAAAUGGAAGUCCUUACUUGGCACAGGUGUGAUUGGAAUUGUUAACAUACCCUUGGAGAUCAUGGAACCAUCCCAUAAUAAACAAGAAUUUCUCAAUACCCAGGAAUAUAAUCAACUACGAAAAGUCAUGGGACAGUACUUGGUCCAGUACUGUAAGGACACUGGGAUCAGCAACAGAAAUCUAACAUUGUUUUGGAAUGAGUUCAGAUACCAGAAUAACAAGAAUGCAGAGAAAUCUUUAGAUUCUAUUCAGUACCAAAGAAGACAAGCCAUGGCCAUCCCAUUCAUCAUACAGUGUGAUCUUUGCCUUAAAUGGAGAGUUUUGCCUUCCUCUACUAAUUAUCAGAAAGAAGAAUUUCUUGACACUUGGAUUUGUGCUAAUAAUCCUAACCACUUGGAAAGCAGUUGUCAUGAUGCAGAACGUCUGCCUAACAUCCCCCUGGGCACCUUGAACAUGGUGUUACCGUCAAGAAGCGAGAAAGAGAAACAACUUAGAGAGUCAAUCCAGAGAUAUCAAAAUAAAUUGGUUGAGCAGCAGGCACAGUUGCAGUUGAUACCAACGGGCAGGAUCACUGAGUUCAUUUCUACCUGCUCUGUUUCAGAGUGUAAGGAAAAUCCCCAAACUCGAAAAAUCAGGCCUCCUUCAGGUGAUAACUUGAGGCAUGCAUCACUUUCAUCCUUUGAGCUCUCGCUUAGCCAAGGAAGCCAGAAAAGAAAUGCAGAUGGUGCAGAUUCUGAUGUGGAAUUCAUUUCAGAAACUAAAAUUAUAAAGAAGUCUAUGCAGAAAAAAAUGAAACUGCAAGAGCAGAGAACUGCCGCAGCUUUUCCAAGAAACGUCAAACCAGCAGAGAUAUCCCAGCCCCACAUGCUUACCCACAAUGCAUCGCGGCCCAACGUCUUGACUCCCUCACGAAGCACCUCUCCGUGCACUGGUGUCGAGCUCCCUUCCCAUCCCUGCUUGGCAGCAGCCCAGAGUGUAAGGAACCUCCUCAAAGUGACAGAGGCUUUUUGGUUACUCCUGGUGAAGCAACACUUGACUCUUGUUGGAGUCUUUGUUACAUCUAUGCAAAUUGUCAAUUUAAAAAAAAAAUCUCCAAGUAUUGGUAGAUGUGAUGAUGCUUUUAAAGAAAUGAUAGCGGUUUUGGAUAAAAAUGAUGCUGUUUCAUUAAAGAAAGAGAAAAAGGAAGCUCCUCUUAUAAACAAAGCAAAACAAAAGCUGUACAACGGUACUUCAGCAACAAGAAGAAGCUCUUCUUUACCUAACCUCAAAAGCUUGCCCAGUGUGCCUAUGGAAGGUGUAAGUUCUGGACGUGAAGCCAGAGUCUGUGUAAGUGGCAGCGGUAAAAUUGCUUCUGUGCCUACGCUGUCUUCUCAAAGCACAUCUGUCAAGGAAACAGAGAGAAAACUGAUAUCUAAUUUAAGGGAGAUCCUUCUGUAUUUUGCCCCUAAAUAUCUCAUGUCAUCAGAAUUUAACUGCACACCUGUGGAAGAACUGAUAGCAAGUAUUGAGCUGGAGCAAUGCCCAGAGCAGACAAACAAAAAGCUGAAAAUAUGUUUCGACCAGAUCCAGAAUGUUUACAUGGUCCAAUAUGAAAAAAAUAUGAAGAGAAAACUACAAUCCAUUACCAAUGAAGCAGACAGAAGAGGAAUACUUAAUGAAGUCUCUCUGGUACAUUGUGAACAUAAAAGAAAACUUACUGAAGAUAAACUGAAUAAUCUUCGCUUAAAACUGGCAGCAUUGUUACAGAAACUUCAGUUGGGUGGCCCGGCCGGCGACCUGGAGCAGAUUGAUGCCUAUCUGGAAGGUUUACUUGAAGACGACAGACUCCUUUUCCGGGAUGCUUUAAAGUGACCCCAGGUGCAGAACGUGCUGUCCCUUUAGAGAACAGUGAAAGAACAUCUCAAAAUUAAAAGUUUGAAAAGGUUUUCUUUUUUUAAAAAAACACUAAUAAGAAAAUCAGAAGAAGAUUCUUUUCAAAACCUUUCCUUGUAUCAUCUUACUGUAAAAUUUGCCAGUUUAGU